AUGAUAUUAAGCUCGUUCCAAUUUUGCGAUGGCUCCCCAACCUAUCAGGAGGAAUAUCGGAAUAGCAGCUACGUGCCAAAUUUUAUCGAAACACCACUUGGCUUCCAGAUUGUCGCACCAGCUACUCCAUAUGUGGCAGCAGCCGGAAGAGAUCAAUUAUACUUUAUCGACACCCGUUACGAUAAUGUCAGCGCUCAGCAUAUCAAGAAUCAAAUUGAGAGAGCAACUAUCCCUAUCCCAGACGAGUAUACUGCUAUAGACGAGAUUACGGCCACAGCAGAAACAAGAAAUAGAAAAACCGGCGAAACGACAUUCGUAUUCGACCCUGUCUACGCUAGGGUACUGUUUGCCAAGGGGCUAAACAGGCACAAUCCAGAGCUUAAAUUACCUGAGUAUGAGCCUGCUGGCGAUUGGCUAGUAACCUACGAUCUAGAUAAGAUAACAGGUGAGAUGCAUACCACUUCAAAGAACGAUGUUAUUGAUAGAGGCUCAUAUCUCAGCAGGCAAUGA